CGCGUGGCUCAGACGUCAGGAGGAGCCCGAGCGGGCAGGACGCAGCGCCCAUCUCCGCCGCUGCCAGAGUGUCGGCGGCUGCCGGACGGGGCAGAGGGAGAGAAGUGGGAGGGAAGGAGGCGCUUCCUGGCUGAGGCGAAGUCAAAAGUCGACGCGGCGCGGCAAGCAAGGAGCGAGCGGGGGGCGGGGGCGCGCGCCAUGGCCGACGUCUUCCCCAACCCGGAGCCCGGCGCGGGUCCCGACGCGGCGCGGGGCUUCGCCCGCAAAGGGGCCCUCCGGCAGAAGAACGUGCACGAGGUCCGCGACCACAAAUUCAUCGCGCGCUUCUUCAAGCAGCCCACCUUCUGCAGCCACUGCACCGACUUCAUCUGGGGGUUUGGCAAACAAGGAUUUCAGUGUCAAGUUUGCUGCUUUGUGGUUCACAAGAGGUGCCAUGAAUUCGUUACCUUUUCUUGUCCCGGGGCAGACAAGGGGCCGGACACGGAUGACCCCAGAAGCAAGCACAAAUUCAAAAUCCACACGUAUGGAAGCCCAACAUUUUGCGACCAUUGCGGGUCAUUGCUUUAUGGACUUCUACACCAAGGGAUGAAAUGCGACACCUGUGAUAUGAAUGUUCACAAGCAAUGCGUAAUAAAUGUACCCAGUCUUUGCGGAAUGGAUCACACAGAAAAAAGAGGAAGGCUCUAUCUGAAGGCUGAAGUGAAUGGUGAAAAGCUUGAAGUCACAGUACGAGAUGCAAGAAAUCUGAUUCCUAUGGAUCCAAAUGGACUUUCAGAUCCUUACGUGAAGCUUAAACUUAUCCCAGACCCUAAGAAUGAAAGUAAACAAAAAACAAAAACCAUCCGUUCCACACUUAAUCCACAAUGGGGUGAGACAUUCACAUUUAAGUUAAAGCCUACAGACAAAGACAGAAGAUUAUCCGUGGAAGUCUGGGAUUGGGAUCGGACAACUCGGAAUGAUUUCAUGGGCUCUCUUUCUUUUGGAGUGUCGGAACUCAUGAAAUCACCUGCAUGUGGAUGGUACAAACUACUUAACCAGGAAGAAGGCGAGUAUUACAAUGUUCCGAUACCAGAAGCAGAUGACGAUGGGAAUGUAGAACUGAGACAGAAGUUUGAGGGUAAAAGAAAGGUCCAAGAUAAGAAAGCCAGACUUGGACCUUCAGCUAACAAAGUCAUAUCUCCAAUUGAAGACCGGAGCUGUAGUUUACCAUCCAAUAACCUUGAUCAGGUUAAGCUGACAGAUUUCAACUUUCUCAUGGUGCUUGGAAAGGGGAGUUUUGGGAAGGUGAUGCUGGCAGAACGAAAAGGGACAGAAGAACUGUAUGCAGUCAAAAUAUUGAAAAAGGAUGUGGUGAUUCAGGAUGACGAUGUAGAGUGUACCAUGGUUGAAAAGAGAGUUCUAGCCUUGCAGGACAAGCCUCCCUUCCUAACCCAGCUUCAUUCUUGCUUCCAGACUGUGGAUCGCCUAUAUUUUGUCAUGGAGUACGUGAAUGGCGGUGACCUCAUGUAUCAUAUCCAGCAAGUAGGAAAAUUCAAGGAGCCUCAAGCCGUGUUCUAUGCUUCAGAGAUCUCAGUGGGGCUGUUCUUCCUGCAUAAAAAAGGAAUCAUUUAUCGGGAUCUGAAAUUAGAUAACGUAAUGUUGGAUCAUGAAGGGCACAUUAAGAUUGCAGAUUUUGGGAUGUGCAAGGAGAAUAUGGCUGAUGGAGUGUCAACGAGGACCUUCUGUGGGACUCCUGAUUACAUUGCACCUGAGAUUAUUGCCUAUCAGCCAUAUGGAAGGUCAGUCGACUGGUGGGCCUAUGGCGUGCUGUUAUACGAGAUGCUAGCUGGUCAGCCUCCAUUUGAUGGUGAAGAUGAAGACGAGCUCUUUCAAUCAAUAAUGGAACAUAAUGUUUCGUACCCCAAAGCAAUGUCCAAAGAAGCUGUGUCCAUUUGCAAGGGGCUAAUGACUAAACAUCCUGGAAAGCGUCUUGGCUGUGGGCCUGAGGGGGAGAGAGACAUCCGAGAGCAUGCCUUCUUCAGGAGAAUUGACUGGGAGAGACUGGAAAACCGAGAGAUCCAGCCUCCCUUCAAACCUAAAGUGUGCGGCAAGGGCGCCGAAAACUUCGACAAGUUCUUUACCAGAGGACAGCCAGUGUUAACACCGCCUGAUCAGCUGGUCAUUUCUAACAUAGACCAAGCAGAUUUCGAAGGGUUCUCCUAUGUCAACCCACAGUUUGUACAUCCCCUGUUGCAGAGCUCAGUAUGAAAACAAUAGACGCGAAGAAGCCACACAGUGAAAAAUUGUCCUUAGCCCUGGAGUUUUUAGACCUUUGCCUUGUUGAUUCCAUUUGGGUCUGAAAAUUGUAGGGGUAAGAAGCUGGGGAAGAUGCCAAGGUUUACAGCAAAGAUCGUGUGGUCUCAGGAGAUCACCACAUACUACCCAUUGUAUUCAUCUAGGAAUCACUGCUGCUUUUAGGUUACUCUUACGAAGCUAGCCUUUGUCAUAUUUUUUUUUAUAACUUCUGUUGUUUCCCAUUGUACCCUGCACCUCUGGGAUUCUUUCCUUUCAGGGGGUUAAUUAAGAGUAUCAUGUAGACUUGGGGGGGGGGGAAUAAUAAUAAGCAAAUCUGAAUUAUUGCAUGUAGAACCCUGUGGGACCAGGUCUUUCUUUGGUCUGCUUGGUGUCACAUGACAUGAUGAAUGGCUGGGUAAUAGGCCCGGAAAUGUAAAAUAAUUGAAACAGAGAGAAAACAAGAGCAGAAUGGGGGGGAAAUGCUUCAAUGUUAAAAAUUGAGCAUGUAUACCUAUUACAGCAAACAAAUGAACAAAUCA